AGAGCCAGCCCAGCAUUAACCAAACAAAGAGAAACAGAGUGGAUCCUGUGCUAAUAUUGGGAAAACCAGGCAACAGGACUCAUUUGGGGCCUUUAUUGUGAAAACAUGCCCCAGCUUUCCCAAGAUAACCAAGAGUGGCUCCAGAAACAUUUCUCCAGGCCAUCUAUAUGGACACAGUUUCUGCCCCUGUUUAGGGCUCAGAGAUAUAAUGCAGACAUUCACCAAAUCACAGAAAAUGAAGGAGACCCCAGGGCCGUUCCUGAUAUCAAGCCCUUCCCGCCUGCACAGCUCUCAGACUCGCCCGCCGCCCCGAAGCUGCUCGGCCUCCUUUCUAGCCCGCUUUCCAGCCUCACAAGGUUCUUCUCUCACCUUCUCCGGCGACACCCUCCCGAAGCUCCCCGGAGGCGCCCGAACUUCUCCCCCCUGCUUCCCGCCCUGCCCGCCGCCCAGCUCUUGCGGGGGCAGGAGGAGCUGCCAGGCCGCCUCUCGCUCCUGCUCGGGGCGGCGCUGGCACUGCCCGGCCGACCCUCGGGGGGUCGUCCGCUGAGGCCCGCCCGUCCGGUCGGCAAGCCCAGGGAAGAAGACGCCACCGCAGGGCAGAGCUCGCCCAUGCCGCGGAUGGGAUCAGAGCGGAUGGAGAUGCGGAAGCGGCAGAUGCCCGUAGCCCAGGACGCACCAGGCGCCGCCCCAGGCCAGCCCGGAGCGGGGAGUCGCGGGUCCAACGCAUGCUGCUUCUGCUGGUGCUGCUGUUGUAGCUGCUCAUGUCUCACUGUUAGAAACCAGGAAGAUCAGAGGCCCACAAUAGCUUCCCACGAACUCAGAGCAGACCUUCCAACCUGGGAAGAAAGCCCUGCUCCUACUCUGGAAGAAGUGAACGCCUGGGCUCAGUCAUUCGACAAAUUAAUGGUCACUCCAGCAGGAAGGAAUGCAUUCCGUGAAUUCCUCCGAACAGAAUUCAGUGAAGAAAAUAUGCUCUUCUGGAUGGCCUGUGAGGAACUGAAAAAGGAAGCUAAUAAAAACAUUAUUGAAGAGAAAGCAAGGAUAAUCUAUGAAGACUACAUUUCUAUACUGUCUCCUAAGGAGGUGAGCUUAGACUCCCGUGUGAGAGAAGUCAUCAACAGAAACAUGGUGGAGCCAUCCCAACACAUAUUCGAUGAUGCUCAACUUCAGAUUUACACCCUGAUGCACAGAGACUCAUAUCCUCGAUUCAUGAACUCUGCUGUCUAUAAGGACUUGCUUCAGUCCUUAUCAGAGAAAUCCAUUGAAGCAUAGGAUUUCUCAAAUAUAUUUAUUAUUAAUAAAAUAAUAAAAGAACUCAUGGGCUACAUCUAGCACAGGGAAUUUAGAGGUUGUAGCAUCUUCUGCUGGGGUAAUACUCAGGCUAUUCUAAUAACAGAUGAUUCCUUCAACAGACUGCUAUAUAUUCACAAUGUAAAUUGCAGCCAUCUUUAGUGAUACUUUUGAAAAAAAAAAAGGGAUAUGGCUGUUGUAGAAAGAUAGCGUAUUUGCAUUUACAGUAACAGUAGCAUGUUGUCGGUGGUGAAGGCUACACAGAAGGCUCCUUGCUGCCCGGAGCAGGUACAUCCACCAGAGCAAAGGGAACCACUUUUGUUUUGCAUGAAUUUGGUAAUUGAUUACUCUCUCCCCAAAGAAAAGACAUUCAGGUGUUUCUCAACGACCUCUUCCAUCCAUCAAGCUCGGUUUGAAUACUUCACUUACCAGUGCCAUUACAGGACCCAAAUUCACAGUUCAUAAAGAUGUGACCACUACAUGUAAAAAUAGCAUUCCACUUGAUCUUACAGUAUGUAUGUAUGUAUGGAGAUACGUAUGUGUGUGUGUGUGGAUCUCUACAUGGUUAAUGUAAAGCACUGUGCUCUGAAGUGGAUCAGUCUCAAGUGUCUGGUAACAGAAGCAGUGCUUAGAAAAUUCUUUUGUUGAAAACAGUUACUGUUAUUUUAUUAUCAGAAUUUGCCAACCUAAAGAAUGAAUUUUAAAAUUCAUAACUUGGUCAUGUUCACAACAAAACUGUCAAAUAAGCAUAUUUCCAUUUUUAUUACUGAAAGAAAUAUGGGCAUUUUCAUUCUUUAAAGAAAUAAAGCACAAGAAUUUUACCUCAA